AACCCUACAAUCGGUCUCCGUCGCAGAAGCUUCGUCAGAAAAUCCAGGGACGACGUAUUGCGCGACACUCGAUAAAAUUGAUCCUCAGAAACAGGGCCUGGGAAUUUGCGUUGCUCCCGUUGUUCAAAAGGGGGCUUGAAUUGAAUUUUCCACGGAGAUUUUUAGGCGAAAUUCUGGGUUUUCUUCCAGACCUGAUUGAACUUAUUCGAUUAGCUUUUGUGGGUUGGUCUGGAAUGGGGCAACAACAAUCGAAAGAUGAACUGCUCUACCAGCAAGUAAGCUAUGGAAAUUCAGAAGGGAUUAAAGCCCUUUGCCGAGAGGGUGCAGGCCUUGAGUGGAUUGAUAAGGAUGCGAAAACCCCUUUAAUUGUGGCCUGCAUGAGUCCUGAGCUUCAUAAUGUUGCGAGAACUUUGAUAGAACUUGGUGCUAAUGUUAAUGCGUAUCGGCCUGGACGUCAUGCUGGUACCCCUUUACAUCAUGCAGCUAAAAGAGGUCUUGAAAAUAAUGUCAAGUUACUUCUUUCUCAUGGAGCAAAUCCAUUGAUCAUGAAUGAUGAUUGCCAGAGUCCUCUUGAUGUUGCUAGAGCAAAAGGUCACAUCAAUGUUGUUCGUACGAUCGAGAGUCAUAUUUGUUUGUUCUCGGGUUGGUUGCGGGAGUUUCAUGGACCAGGAUUUUUGGAAGUACUGGCUCCUCAAUUGGUCUCAAGGAGAGUUUGGGCUGUUAUUUUACCAUGUGGAGCAAGAAAUCUUGCAAGGCCUUUAAAGCUGGAGCUUGCUAUAUACCCAACUUUACAGGACGCUCAACCGCGUAUUGUUGUUCCACUGUGGAGAGCCAGUUUGGAGGAGACGAAGUCACAGCAUUCUGAUCCAUCAGUUAUGAUUGUGGAUAACGCGGCGAAAACUCGCUUGAAACUCGCAUCCGGGAAUGAAAAUGACAAAGAACAACUUCUGUGGUUUUGCAAUGCAUGCAAAGGAAUUCCUACGGUGAUGCACCCUGCAUUUAUGAAUGGUAACCAGGGCUCGGGUGCAUCCGCAACUGCACCGCCAGACACAGAAGAUGUGGAGCUAGACAUGGCCAUUAACGCUUCCAUACAAUCAUCUACCCAGGGGAGACCACCCUUUCCAGAUCCCAGUCCAAGUUCUAAAGCAAGUGCCUCUAGCAGCCAUACAGGUCCAGUUGCACCAACAACACAUUCGACGAAAUUAGGCACGAAUGAUUCCGAAGUGCAUGAAGCUGGCCAGAGCAGCAACUCAAACGAACAUCCCGAAAUCCAGACUAGCACCAUCCCGUCAGAUUCAGUACCUUCAGCUCCACCGGUGGCAAAUGAUAUUCUGGAUGAUGGUGCAAUUCACUAUCCAUCGAUCGACUCAAGUCCGAUUGACUUAAGACCGGGCGAAGGGAAAGAGGAAGCGAGUUCUUCAUCAUGUGUUAUAUGUUUGGAUGCUCCCAUUGAAGGAGCCUGCAUUCCCUGUGGACAUAUGGCUGGGUGCAUGAAUUGUUUGACUGAAAUCAAAUCCAAGAAAUGGGGCUGCCCAGUUUGUCGCGCCAAAAUCGACCAGGUCGUCCGAUUGUAUGCUGUAUGAAUAAUCCAGAACGUCUAAUUAUACUGUGAUUAAACUAUUUAAUGUACAGUUCCUGUUUAUUAUAUAUUCUUGCUACAUAUAUACUCAUUGUGUUCUAUCUGAUUGUGUGGACACAAUAUUGGUAAUGUAAAUGCAUUUUGAAUAUAACUUAUCAUUAUCAAUAC